ACUCCUCCUGCAGAGGGACAGGCCCGACUUACGCAACUCUGGCACACGGCCGCCGAUCACUGAUCAAGGAACGUCGGAACCUCGAUGUCCCAUCCCGCCGGGCUGGAGGAAGACACGAGGAUGGAGGAGGAGGACUCCAGCGAGGACAGAUGGCACCAGAUGGAGGACAGAUGGCAUCAGCGACACCAGCGAGGUCAGAUGGCUCGAUCCCCGCCCGGAUGGAGGAGGACACCCAGCGAGGUCAGGUGGCACGCCAGGCGCGCCUCCUUCCGACAGGACCUCCUGCACCAGCGACGGGGCGCGCCUGGAAACCUACAAGAGCUCUACAAUGGGGAAGAGGAGAAGGAAGAGAAGGGAAAGGAGGAGGAGGAGGAGGAGGAGGAAGAGCACAUCCUGGAGGAGGAUGGGCAGCAGCCGCGCGGCAGCCGAGAGCGGCGGCGGCGAAUGCACCCAUGGAUAUAUGCACACACCGAUGACAGCCGGCCCGAGGACAGACGGGCACGUCGCGUGCGCCGGAGGAGCCGUGGCGUGCGACAGAACCCGCGAGGCAGCCGCUCUCACAGAAUGGCCCCUCUGCAGCCACUGCAGGCAGCGGGCCGGCCGAGGCCGGCGGGGCGGCGGGGGGGGGGGGGGGGCCGGCCGCACGCCAAGGCGCCUGCGGCCCU